AUGGCUGCAAACGACCCAGGCCUUGCGCCGCUGGGCGCCCCGGCAGAGGACCCCAAAGGCGCUGUUGACGUACCGGCUGAAGACGCACCUGUCGUCGUACCAGAUCAAUUCGACCCGAAAUACGAGACGACGAGAAAAGAAAUCUGGUCAUACUACUCCUACUAUGUCGGUGACAAUGGCCUCACGUUGUUCAACUUCGGACCGACGGCCUUUCAAAACCUCAUGUACCAAGCUGCUGGCGAUGCCGAGGCACUGGAAUUUCUCGGACGCACUCGUUCCAUUAAUUCAAUCGUCUUGUUGAGCAACGGCAUUUCCUUUGCUCUCCAGGUCGUCGUGUUUUUGAUCCUAGGCUCUUUUGCAGAUUUUGGCUCAUGGCGCCCCAACAUCUUGAUCUGUCUCUCUAUCAUCGCCUUUGGAAUCGGUUUCGGCUGGCUAGGCGUACAUACCGAAGAAAAAUGGCACGUAGGCGUCGGCCUCUACAUUGUCGGAUUGAUCAGUUACCAAACCACCGUGACCUUCUGGACAGCUGCAUUCCCGGGCCUAGCAAGAAACACAAAAGAGCUGCGAGUCAAAGCCGAGGAAUUCGCCGAAGGCCGCAUCACACGCGCCGAGUACGACUUCACCGACAUGAUGAAGCGCAACGAGCUUUCCAACACCGCCUUCUACGUCCAAUCCGUCUUUGAAAUCGUCAUCCUCGCCGUCAUUGUCGGGAUCAUGUUCGGCCUGCACGUCAACGACAGCGAAGCCAACAACAACUGGGGUCUCUCCGUGCUCAUCGCCUUCGCAACUGGCGUCUGGAUCCUCUGCGCCAUCCCCUGGUUUAUCUUCGAGAAGCGCCGCCCCGGCCAAGAUCCAGGCGGAAACAUCAUCAUCGCGGGCUUUAAACAGCUCGGAUACGCCAUGAGCCAGAUCUGGCAACUCCGCCAAAGUCUGGCUUACCUCGUUGGUUACUUCUUGCUUGGUGAUUCACUAAAUACUACCGUCACUGUCAUCGGCACUCUUCAGAACGAAAUCGUCGCGUAUAACAGUCUCCAGCUCACGUACCUGCUCAUCGUCGGAAUCGCCGCUCAGGCCGUUGGCAUCGGUGCCUUUUGGCGCAUUCAGAAGCACUACGGCCUGUCCACCAAGACCAUGUUCAUGGUCGUCGCAGUGUGCAUCGUGCUCCUCGAUGGAUGGGGCAUGAUUGGCAUCUGGAGCCAGAAUUUCGGCUUCCACAAGCGCUGGGAAGUCUGGGUAUAUCAAGCUUUCUACGGCCUGCUUGUGUGCCCGUGGUACAGCUACAGCCAGACCAUGAUCAGUGAGGUAACGCCGCGAGGCAAGGAGUUCUUGUUCUUCUCGUUGUUCAGUAUUGUGGGUAAGACGAGUGCGUUUAUCGGCCCGCUGGUGAGCAGUGCGAUCAUCGACGAUACGGGGAACAACAGUAGCCCGUUUUACUUCUUGUUCGCAUUGAGUUUGGCGAGUUGCGCGUGGCUUUGGUGGUUCGUUGAUGUAGAGAAGAGUAGGAUUGAACAGGCUGAGUUCUUGGAGAGGGAGAAGAGUUUGAAGGUCGUGCACGAGGAGGCUUUGCUAUAG